AGAGUCAGAAAUAAAAAUAUUAAGAGGGAAAUGGUACCAUGAUGUGAAGGAGACACUUCACUGUACCUAGACCAUUAGGGAUUUCACUGUUGGUCAGUCCACCUCUUUGGUCCAGACUGAAAUGCCUUGGCAUGACCUUGGUAUUUCAUGUCCUUAUGGGAUGAAUCCCGACUGCUUUGGUAACUGAUAACUCUUUUAUCCAUCCGUCCGUUAUCUAUACCUCUUAUCCUGAACAGGGUUGCAGGGGGCUGGAGGCAAUCUCAGCUGACAUUGGCCCAGAGGCAGGGUCCACCCUGGACCAACCCCUUCUUUUAUCCAACCCGUUCAAAAUUAGUUGUUGUAACUUAAGUGAACCCUUAACUUCUCAUCUAGUGCCAACAUCAGGCCGAAAUCUCAGUAUGUCCUAUAGUUUGGCAUAUGACUAAAUUAAUGACAAAUAGCAGUUGUAAGCAUUUUAUAAUGCUACAGAUGAAGUAUCUGGUAAACAUUAUAUUUAUCUUAUUAGUUUCCUACUCAGCAUGUGGUAAAGAUGGAGAUUAGAUUGGUGUGUUUUAAGGUGCAAGGUGGUCCCUAAUCUUAACCAUGUUAAGGUUUGUGAUGGCUAGGGGGUAUAUUGAUCAUGUAAAGAGAUCCUCCCUCCCCUUCCCCCUGUCAGUGGCUUCUUACCCUCAGGUUGAUGAUCUCCUUGGCAGGGGGACCUGAUUCACCUCCUUGCCUGGCUCUCUGAACAAAAACAAAAGGUGCUCCCUUCCUGCAGCCUUGAUCAUUUUCACCUGUCACUCAGACUUUCUCUGUGUCACUUGGGGUGUGUGGAGGGCUGCUCCAGGUGAGCGAUCGAGUGUGGCUAAUGGCUCCUCUGCUAUAACAAGUGUGUGCUGGUCCUGAGGGGUCCAGGGAGUGUCGUACACUAUGGGAACAAUGCCGCCAUCUAAAGUAUUUUACUACCAAGACUUCCAAGCCCAGGAACAUCCACUGCAUGUAUUUGAGUUCAAAGUUGCACCUUUAAUGAUGAAUGUCACAUAGUUACCACCUCAUCAGAUGAGAGCAAAAGAGCCAUUUUCACAGGUGACAGGACAACUCUCUCUUUUGCAGUUUAAGUUUGAUUCAUUUACUAAAAUAUCUGUAAGCUUGUUCUCUUAUUGCCCAGCCACCAAAUGGAUAUCUUGAACACUGGAGUAAGUUUGGCAGCCUUUUUAAAGAUACCUGAAACCGUAUAUGAUAAUUGAUGAACUUCUGUUGCCCUUGUUUUCCAACAUUUUUACCUUAUUACAAAGUUAAAACAGUAAAUUUCUAAACUGAACCAAGGUAUGUGUUACUGAAUGUUCUCAUGCAGUGGAGAACCAACCAAAUUGAUGUUGGCUGAUGCUUUCAUCAGGUGUAUUUAAACUCCUACGUGUCUUGUCUUUUAAGCUGUCCUCAGGUCUGUAUUUACCUGGCCGUCACUGUAGGUGCAAGAGCACACAGUCUUUAAUGAGAACUCUGUGACUGAUCGACAUUCAUGAUGCUUCUCACACAAUACCUGAUGGCCAGCGUGACUGCCAACACCAAACACACAACAAGGCAGCGUCACUCUGCAGCUGCUACUCAUGCUCAAGCUUGACAAGUCAUUUCCUUAUGGGUGGACACCAGUAGAGAGGACGACAUUCACCCAGCUACCCCUCUAUUCUAUCAGCCACCGCCUCCUCCAGUCGGCGUCCUGACUGUCCCCGGCGAUGGCCCCUCCCAUCAAAGCCAUAUAACCUCUCCUAAUCACCCCCACCCCUUGUUGCCCUGGAGACGGCUCAGACGAGCAGGUGAUGCAUUGACAGGGAGCAGAUGGUUCCCUGUGGAGGAGCUCCAGAGCCUCACUGGGAAAGCAGACAUUCCAGAAAUCAGGAUUUCCAGCGUCCACUGAGACCUCUGGCUCGGCCCAGGAACACCAACAGCACAAGCACCUGGCUGCCUGAAGGCUCCCGCUCUGCACAGCACACGCACAGGAGGCCCAUGUAUGUGUCUUUUGUCAGCAAGGCCAUCUUGUGGGAUAGAGGACUCUGCCGCUACACUGCCCAUGUUCGUCCCAAUCAUCAUCUCUCACUGUGUCCACGGUUCUUGUCUCACAUGAAAGCCCGCCCUGAAGACUCCAGACCUCCUUGUUUCCUGAGCUCCAAGUCGGGGCCACAGCCUCCAUCUCAGGGAAAGACACAGAAUACACGCAUCCAUGCUGCCCCAAAGACCCAAGUGCUGCAGGGACAUUUCCAGUUCAGUCCAGAUGGAAGAAAAUGUGGUGUCCAGAAAAAAGGCUUGAUUGCAGGAAGGCGCUCUGCUGUUGUUGUUCCCUGUUGUCCACUUCCUGCUACCCCGCCACCAUCCACCAUUAAUCCAACACCUCCCCACCAAAAUAUCCUUUCCCCCAGCUCUGUAAGACAACAAAGUGAUCUGUACCUUUUGCCGGUGUCCCCUUCUGGACCUCAACCUGCUCCAGAGAAAAAAGAUGAAUUUCAGAAGAAGAAGAGCGCACCCCACCCUGCUGUGGUGUCCAUCACAGAGCCAACAGAGCUGGACUUCAAGCUGAAUCUUGGGCCUGCGGGACCAGAGCGCUCAGAGUUACUGGCCUCUACCGUCUCACAUGGGUCUCUCUCAGAUUUAAGUCGUCCAUCCUCCAGCCUUUUCAGCCGGAGCACUGACCUCGCCAGUGACAGGAGCAGUGUCCUGUCUGCUUUCGUGGACUCCGAGCCAGAGGAGAGUGUUUGUUUCUCCCCACUCAAUUCUUCUCCUGUGACUGAGAUACCUCUGGCUUCUCCUCCAGCAGAAUCCAUUUAUUAUGAAUCCCCUACGAAAACCACCAACACUCCGUUCUGCAAGUCACUGUCUGACCAAACCAAACCCCUCUCACCUCGCCCAACUUCAGGCAUCGAUCCACUUUCAGAUAAACCUGUGCGCAGCAGCAAAACCAUGAAAGCAGCAGAGAAUCUCCACCUAGAUUCAUCCAAAGAUCCUGGUCUUAACCUGUCCUUGGACUCUGAUCUUGGCCUUGUUACACUGGCUUUUCCCUCCACUACUUGGUCUUCGUGCCCGAGUCCACAAAAGACCACUCACCGCUCAGGGUCAGGAGUGAAGCGAAACCCUUCUCCUCCAGUGAGUCGGCUGGAGUCCCACCUCUGGCCUGUCCUGCCUCCCAUCUCCCCUGGCAGAGGACGCUGUGGCUCAGCAGUAUCACGCUACUCUGAGCUCAGCUGCACUCACUCUCAUGUAUUUGAUGAACUGGAGGCCAUCGCCCCUCGAUCAGCUUCCUGUCUGUCUCUGGACCAGGCGUCAGACUCAUCAGCCUGCACUUUACCUGAUACAGAGCUGUCUCCUGGCCUGGCAGCACUGACGGUGGGCUGUGACUCGGGAAAUCUGGGCUCCCUGUCCCGGGUGCAGCUGCUCCUCCUGGACCGAGCGGUGCCAGAUACCCUGCAGAGUCCCUUUGAUUUGGAGGAAGAGUUCUCACUGGGGGAGGACUGGAGUGAUCUGAGGAUGCAGGAUGAUCCAGACCUGACCUCAACAGGUGUUUUGAGGCCUUUCACAGCUGGCAGCAGCUCUGAAAGGUGCGACUCUGCAGGGAAACUCCUGGAAAACAAAUUGGAUCAGUCUGAAGGAGGAUCUUGGUCACCGUCUUCAUGGAUCGUAGACCCGAGUCCAUCAUGCAACAUGUUCAGAUCCUCAUGUUCUCCCUAUCCCCCCAAUCACAGUUCCAGCACAGAUCAAGGGGGCCCCACUGAGAAUGACAUCAGUUAUCAAGGAUGGGGGGACCAGGUUGAGUCCUCAGCUGGAGGAAGGAGGCCCAAUUUUCUUGACCACAGAAAUGAAUUGACAGAGGAAAGGAAAACAAAGGCGCUUCACAUGCUUUCCAAACUGCAGGACAACACGCCUCAGAAGAGCAACACGCACAAACAUCACUCCAACUUUGAGGAUUUCGACUUUUUGGCAAAGUAUUGCAUUUUCAGUCAGGAGAAGCUGGCGGAGUACAAAAGAGCUUUUGAAGCAGAGGACAGUGAUGGUGACGGCUACAUUUCCUGCCUUCAGGUUCUGCUUGCUCUUAAAAACAUCAUCCCCCCAGAACUGCUGUCUGAUGAAGAGGAGAUCUACGUCUACAGGAUCUUGGAGAUGGUGGACUUCAGAGUGACAGAUGGGCUUGUCGACCUGAGGCUCUUUGCUGUCAUCGCUAGUCUGGCACAAAAAAUAGCCACCAUGGAUGAGUUUAUGCGAUCGCUGAUCAGCAGCAUGGACUUUCGCUCUCUUGAAGUGAGGCUCUUUAAAGUGAAGCAACUGUUCCUGUUCCUGCUGGAGGAGCAGCCAGGAGACACGAGAGCUCAGCAGGGCUUCAUAAGUGCUGAGCAGCUGCUUCUGGAACUAAAGGUUGGGGGCAUCUAUCUGGAGCAGGAGGCAGCCAUCAGACUGGAGCUGCAGCACAUUCCCCCUCUGGACCUGCUGGACUUCCUUGCCUACCUGCCUCUCUUCAUGCUCAUUCACAAGUCAGUCAUCUCCAACCCUCUCAAUGAUCCCAGCAACCUCUAACCUGAGUCACCACACUGUCUGCCUGGCGAGGCACAGGUAUCAGCAUUACUGUCACCACCAUUACCAGUGUUGAAACCUUGUGCAAAAAAGAUACAUGAGAAACUGAGAAGUAAAAGCCCAUAUAACACUAAUAGACUCAAUUUAAAAUUUUAAAAUGUAUGAAAGCUGUACACUGUUUGUUUGGUAAACUGCCAAUUUGUGCUGCUGACUGAUAGCAAGCUAUUAUCUUAGCUUCAACUUUUACUUAGUGUAAGCUACUCCAUAAAAGAGCAGUGGCUUCCAGACAGUUAUUAAACAGGAAUCAGUGGUACCAAUAUGUCUUUUGAGCAAAAUGUAAAUACUUGUUCCAUAAAGCUAACAAGCUAACAAGUUUGCUAAGUGACCGUUAACCAGCUUGUUGGCUUGGAAAGCUUUAUUUUCCCUCUUCAUAAGCCUUUUACGUAAUUAAAUGGUGUGCAGUGGUGAACAGGAAAAUAAGAUAAAUAGUAGAGAGAAAAUACAGAGAUGCUCCAGGACCUUUGUGACUGACUAGCACAAACCUCGUAUAAUAGCAAUUAGCUCACUAGCAGCUCAGCCACCGGCUCUGUUUUGUAUACUCCCUGUGUGACCAAGCUUCAUAACAAAGUAUUUGCAAAGACACUCAAAUUAAUUUCACUUUCUGUUGUGUCCAGGUCUUUAUUAGUUGAUUGUGGGGAGGUCAUAACUAAGGGUGAAAUGAAUGGUGUAAGAAACUGUUUUCUCUUAUGUCAGUACAUCUGCACCAGAAACCAGUGUCAUCCUGUGAAGCAACCAGCACACAUUCAAAAACCAUUGGUCAUCUAUCCAGCCAUCCAUCCAUUAUCUAUACCACAGAUUCCUGAAUAGGUUCGACAUUGGGCGAAAGGCGGGGUCCACCCUGGACAGGUCACCAGUCUAUCACAGGGCUGACAUGUAGACAAACA